AUGUCAUUUGUUCAAAUGGUUCCUUCUCUUUCAUCACACAUGCCGAUAAGUACUGCCAAGCUUCUAAGCGCAAUAUUACCUGUUAUGUAUUUUCUAUAG